UUUUCCGCAAUCCUGCACCUUGCUCUUUUUAAGUCUAAAAAACUUAGAGAGGAGAAACGUAGCACGUAGCUGUUCUUAAGUAUGGGUUCUAGGCCAUCAAAGGUGCGUAAAUCUUCGAUCAAAAGCGUAAAUCCUUCAUCGCGCUCAGACAAGGAACAAUGUGGAGAAGUAAACCGCAAUGGAACCGUUAAUCAUCAAAAUCACGACAGACACCUGACUAGCCAAGACUCCACGACUCCAGAAAGACAAACUGCUCAUCCUAAGACCCAACUCAAUCAACUGGCUUGUCGAGGUGAGAGAAAACCGCAUUCUCUCGAUGUAAACAACACUCAGACAAAUGUUGGACCGCAGAGAGAUUUCGGAAAACGGCCCAAGCGAAGAUUCGUGCAGGCGACGUAUCGUUCAUGUCUCAGACUUACAAUCAGAGUACUUCGUGGACGUAAUAUAACUGUAGGCGGCUUGGAAGGCAUGAUUGAUACUCCUGAUCCUUAUGUCAAGUUAUUUAUACCAACUUCACCAAACGGGAAACGAAGAACCAAGGCUCAGAGAAAUACCUCUAAUCCGGAAUGGGAUGAAAUGUUCCAGUUUUUUCUUGACCCGGAUAAGAUGAAUUUGUUACAAAUAACACUGAUGGACUGUGACUUGUUUCAUGACGAUUUGGUCGAGAAAGAAAUCUUCGAUCUCGCAACCUUGAAGGUCGACGAGACUUAUGAGAAGACGUUCACGUUUCGGAAGGUGUCUGAAGUUGACGUGGAAAUGAGAGUGGAAAAUUGCACCGCAAGCGAAGAUAUGCGAUACAGCAUGGAACUUUGCGAGGAGGAAGAGGAAUUUCUUUUGAAAAGAAAACGGUUUGUUUUUGGCUCGAUGAAAACAUUUCUUGGUGAACGUGGACCCAAAACAAUCGACGAAGUUCCCACGGUCGCUGUUCUGGGGUCUGGGGGCGGGUUUCGUGCCAUGGUGUCUCUGAGUGGUGUGUUCUGUGCUUUGAAGGACAUGGGUGUGUUGGACUGUGCCAUGUAUGCAGCAGGACUAUCGGGUUCAGCUUGGUAUCUGUCUACUUUGUACUCUCACCCUGAGUGGCCGUACGUUCAUCCGAGAGUGAUCCGGAAGACACUGCAAGAAAACGUUAAUGAUAACUGGAUGUGGCUGUUGAUAACGCCAUCUUGGAUGUACAGACAUCUAAAGAUUAUCAUAAAGAAGAAAAGGCAAGGACAGCCAGUCAGCUUUACUGACUUCUUUGGUUAUUUGGUCGGCGAAACAAUCCUAAAGGAUAGAGACGACAUUCCGAAACUAAGUCAACAACGCAAGAAAAUCAAAGAUGCCACAGUACCAUUUCCACUGUACACCUGUGUGCAUGUGAAAAAAGACGUAUCUGCCAAGGAAUAUUGUGAAUGGCUGGAGUUUUCUCCGUUCGAAAUAGGAAUAGCAAGGUAUGGGACUUAUAUGAGGACGGAACGCUUUGGUAGCAAGUUUUUUUGUGGUAAACUUGUUACUCCGUACCCUGAGCCUCCACUUCACUAUUUACAAGGUUUAUGGGGAAGCGCGUUCACCAUACUCCUGCAGCGUGUUCUCACUGAAGGAAGAAUCCCAGAUGACACAAUUGCUGAUAUGAGUAAUCGUGGAGAUCUCAGAGAGGAAUUGAGGGAAAUGAUUGACUGCCAAGAUGGACGUGAUGACGUAGAUAGUGACAGCGAUAAUGAAGAAGAUGAUGACGAUGAUGUGGAUGGUGUCAUGCUCGAAAACAAUAAUAGUGAUGAAAUUAAGGAAAAGGAUAAAGAGGGAAAAGGUUUCUUUGGUCGAUUCUUUGAAGUCCUUGUAAACAAACUUGCCGUAUUUAGAACGCGCACUGGCCGAGCGGGACUGGUGCAUAAUUUUCUUCGCGGUCUUCAAAUUUUAGCGGCACCAAUUCUUUCAGAAGGGGAUGAUGAUGAAGAUGUUACGGCGGAUGCCGCUGACGAGUUAACUCUCAAUUCUCGUCAUAUUUACUUGGUUGACAGCGGGCUCGUGUUCAACUCCCCAUUCCCUCCCCUACUGAGACCACAACGCAAAGUGGAUGUUUUCAUAUCUUUUGACUUCAGUAUACGAAAGAGAGAUGUUGAAUUUCCUUUUGAGGAACUGUUAUUGGCGGAAAAAUGGGCCAGAGAACACAACAUGAAAUUUCCUCCCAUUACAGCUGAAUCGCAGUACAGAAAACACGGCAUAAAAGAGUUCUAUAUAUUUCGUGAUCCAAGCGAUCCAACUUGCCCAAUUUUAAUCCAUUUUUUGCUGGCGAAUAAAACGUUCAAGGAAGAAUCUAGACCAGGGAUAUUUCGCUGUACAGAAGAAGAAAUAGAUUACGCUAAUUUUUCACUUUUCGAAGGUCGCCAUAACCCUUAUAGCACGUUCAACUUCCACUAUCGGGAAAAAGAGUUUAGCCGCCUGGCUGAUCUCAAUGAAUUUAACACAUUACUCGGUGAACAAACCAUUAAAGACGUUCUGGCAGAUUGUGUAAAGAGACGGCGUCAACAAACUGUGGAAUCAUCGUGAUUGAUAGAACUUUAGACUAAUUUUUUUUUGCGAUACUGACGCGAGUUUUGCCAAGAAUAAAAAUGUUGUUACCUCAACAAAGAGGUCUCUCCAUCGGGGAGCAUAACAGAGGUUCUGUAGCAACCAUGGUGUGAGUUUCCUCCAAUGGCUAGCAAUAAAGAGAUUAUAAGGCAACACUUUAUCAGUACGUAGUGCGUAAGCGUUAGCCACAAUUUUUCAAAGGGUUAUAGGCAAUUCUUAUGAUUCAUGGGUUGAGGCUUAGGCUGUCUUUGCACGAGAAAGGACUGGAAUCAUGAAUACGAGACUGUGCUCUCGUCGCAUCUCAUUCGAUCCUGUUAAGCAACAAAUAUUAUGGGUAACUUUGUAAAAAAUAUUAUGGUUUUCCUCUGUUAGACACACUGCUUUCCUGAUGGCUUUAUAUGAUAAAUCAUAUAUGUAUUAUUUAUCCAGAUAUGGUAAUAAAUUUUAUUUAAUAGACAUUUAAUGUACAUCAGAUAAAUAAAAUACUAUUUUUUUUUCAAAUG